CUUACCCUGUGGUCCUUAGGAAGUCGGUCAGUAGGUUUGUGUCCGGGUAGGUCCAAGUGUUGAGGAGUGGGACCUUUGUCGUGCACCUGACACCACCAUGGUAGACACCCGGCGCGGCACCUCCACUAUGCCGUACACAAAGGAGGAGGAGGCGAAGAUGGCCGCCAUCCUGCAGGAGAGGAAGGAGGAGGAGGCCAAGAAGAUGGCCCUGCAGGAGGAGCAGGCGGCAAAGUUGAGAAAGAUAGAGGAGGAGAUGGCCAGGGAGAAGGAAAGAUUGAAAAAGGAAGAAGAGCAGAAGCUGAAGGAGGUGGAAGAAGAAGAGGAGGAAGAUGAUCAGCCACUGGAGAGGAGAAGAGAACAGCGAGGGCAGUACAGUGGCAGCAAAGAUGAUGAAAUGGAGAAGCGGAUCUCAGAGUGGGUCGCCAACUUGUCCCUGGGAGAAGAAGAAGAGGUAGCCAUUCAGGACAUGGCUGUGCGCUCCAUACGAAUGGGGUUUCGGGACUUUGCUCGCGAAUUGGUAGGCGCGAUAGGAUCCGAGGUGAAUCAUCGCCUCGAGAACACUCAACGAUUUUGCGUUGGCGCCAUUGAGGGCGUCCAGGCGGCAGCUCCCAAGGAAGAGGAACCACUCCCGCCGCGUAGAGAGCCAGUCAAGGUCAAAUUCCCUGAUUCCUACAGUGGGAAGAAGGAAGAGAACUUUGAUAACUGGGAGGCCAACGUUAAGACCUACGCGCAUCUGCAACAGGUCUCCCCGGAUCAGCAAGUCCUGAUUGCGAUCCACGCACUCAGAGAUGAGGCCGCCAGCUUCGCAAGAUCCCUUGUUCGUGCUGCCAACUGCAGUGACGACCCAGUUGCCUAUUCGGCAUUCACUUCCCUCACUGAGUUCAUGAGAUUGCUGCGCGAGCGAUUUGCAGAUGUCGCUCGAAGUGUCAAGGCCUCAGAUAGGCUCCAGACAAUCCACGCUCUAGUUAACAACGAUGCGCAAAAGAAACUGGACACUGCAUGGGCGGAGGCCAUGUUUUGUGCUGGGAUCCCGUUCAACUUCUUGAACUUCGAAACCACCCAGAAACUCCACGAAGUGUACCUGCAGGUGGCAAAGUCAAGACCGCAGGUGAAACUGCCCUCCUUCAACCACAUGAGGACCGUCAUGUUGGACAUUGUGUACAUGCGAGUGCAGAAGACGGUGGAGCCAUUGACAACUUGUUGGGAUGUGAGCGAGUGUACUUUCAUCACAGACAUAUCGAGUGAUCGUCGGGAGCAGCCCGUGAUGAACUUCUUGGCAGCUGGGGUGGAUGGGGCGGUUUUGGUGGCGACGGUGUCAAUGUCCGGGAGGAAGAAGACUGGACCUGCAUUGGCGAAACUUUGGGAGCAGAUCAUGAGGGAAAUCGGACUGCGUCGACUCAAUGCGAUUUGCACUGACAACGCGGAGGUUGGAGGUGAAUGGAAAGGGCAAGCGCACCUUGACAUUUGGAGUGACCUCAAUGAGUUCUACAACAAACCUACAAGGAACGGCCCGAAAAGGAAUGACACGAAGAUGUGGGACCCCACAGCGAAGGCAGAUGUUGACAAGAAGACACCGUCAGAAUGGUGGGCAGCACACGGCGGCGACGUGCCCGAAUUGCAGAAGAUCGCGAUCAAGGUUAUGGGCAUGUGGAGCACCGCAUCGCCGGCAGAGAGGAACUGGGCUUCCAUGGACUUCAUCCAUUCCAAACGGAGGAACAAGUUGUUGCCAGAAAGCGUGGCGAAGCUAGUGUACAUACACUGGAACAUGCAGCUACUGCGUGUUCCAGAGACUAAGAACAACGGAUUUAUGGACUUGUGGUGUGACUUCGUCGAGCCCGCCCCGGAGCCUGAAGAGAACGAUGGAUCGGUGUCGAAGGGGCCCGAGGAUGAGGCUGAGAAGACAGAGGAGGAGCUUGUACGGGAACGAAGGCUCACAAAGACUUCGAAGGGAAGGGUUCCAAAAAAUCUCGAGGACAAGGACGAAGAGCUCACGGAUGACAGUGAUUUGGAUGACAAGCUGUGGAAGGGGAAGUGCGGAUUGUCGGAGGACUCAAGUGGCAGCGAAGAGGAUGACGACGAUGACUCCGAUUUCGAGUUACGACCGGAGCCGUCCGUCCCAGGCACGACGUACGUCGAAAGGAGGCGGACCGGACGAAAACACAGAGAAGAGCCACGCCCGACAGCGAUGGAGCCUGGGGUAAGGGAAACUGCACUGUACAAUCCGCAAUCUGAUGUCGAGUUCGCACGGCUAGACACGGAUGUCGAGAUGUUGCUGGAAACGAGGGUGGACGAAGAUGAGGAGGAUGCGAACCGUGCCAAGGCUAUGGCUGACUGGGAGACUGAACUCGUCAACAAACGUAUGAUGGAGGAGGAGGCCCGUCGUGCAGCUAUCCCGACUCGGAGAGAGAUCGAGAGAGGUCUCAAACAAGCCAGGGAGCACCAACAGCAGAUCAAUCAGGCAUUGGAGGUUGAGGAAGAAGGAGAAGAGGAGGAGGAGGAGCACCAGGCUGAGGUGGGAGAUUACAUGGAACAGGAAGAAGAGGCAGAGGGCAUGGUGCAACCACAGGAGGGAGAGGAGAUGGAGCACCAAGAAGAAGAGGAAGGCACUUUGCAAGGCGGGGAGGAAGAGGAAAUGCAGCAGGAAGAGGAGGGGGAAGGAUUGGCGCAGCAGAAGAUGCAGCACGGCGAGGUCGAUACGGCCCGCGAAGACGAGCCCCAUCCCACAGCGACAGCGGUCUACACACGCAGGCCCCGGCCAGCGGAUUUCCGGAGUCCGAGGAGAAGAUACCGGAAUUCCCCGCAAUGAGGGAGGAUGUCCAGCAUGACAACCUGUGGGUGAGCCGAGUGGGCAGGAAGAGAAAGGAGCCAUCACAGGACGCUC